AGGGAGGGAGAGGUGAUGACCCACAGGGAGUCCCCCCCAGCGAAGAACUCCUUCCUCCAGGACCUUGACCGUUUGGAUGAGGGGCAGCUGCUGCCCGAGGGAGACUUCUCUGCUACCCAGGCACAGGAAAGCAAGGCUCUCUCGGCAGGCGGCAUUGCCAUGGCGACGGUGAACGCCAGUCUGGAGCGCGCUCAGAAGCGGUACAGCCUGGAGGGCAGCGUGAGGGUGUGGUCUGACUUCCUGAGGGUCCACCUGCACCCCCGCAGCAUGAUGGUCAUCAACGAGUACAACCACGACGGGGAGACGAAUCGCUUGGAGGCGUUUGGCCAGGGGGAGGCGCUGUGCCGGUCCGCCACAGUACUGGAAGAGCUGGAGGACCGUCUGCACUUCUUUGUGGAGGAGUGCGACUACCUGCAGGGGUUCCAGGUGCUGUGUGACCUUCAAGAUGGGUUUUCAGGUCUGGGGUCAGGGGUCACAGAGCUCCUUCAUGACUCAUACGGAGGGAGAGGCAUUUUCACAUGGGGACUGGCUCCUGUCAGACACCCCGAUACUGUGAGUCUGGCUGCCUGUCCGUGGUCAGGCGACCUGCAGGAGGCGCUGGAGGACCUCCGCACUCUGGUGCAGUGCUACAGGGGCACCUUGGAGCCCAGCCCCCUCGGCUCCUCGGAGGAUGAGUCCGACUGA